CUGAAAAGUUCGACAAAAUAUAAGCCGUCGUCCGUCCGUCUAACGUGCGUAGGUACGCUUGAUUGUUUACACAAUCUGGUAUAUAAGAAGGUUUGAGAAUUCGACAAUCUCAGUUCACAAUCUCACGCCAAUCGGUAGCAUCGCUUUAACGAAAUUGUUCCUUUCGAUCGAUUUUAAUUAUAAUUUCUAAUCUAAAUUUCACCGAGUUCGCAAAUCGUUCGAUUCGUAAGAAAAAGUUUCUAAAAGUUUAAUUCACAUUUCUAGAAAUUUCAAUCUUAAACAUGUUCGUUUCGCGUGGUUGUCUGUUAAUCUCGAUGAUACUCGCCAUUGCUUCCGGUGCACCUAGAACACGAAUCACCAAAUCGAGCACACCAACUUGGUAUUUACCAUGUGGCGAGACUCUUGAAAUCGACGUGAACAACGAAGAAGCUAGCACCGAUAUAGACAUGAAACUUUAUAUACAGAAGCUCGAGAUUCAGCAUAAAUUGACACUGAACGAUUAUUUACUUCAAGACUACGAGUACUUGUAUGAAAAGGUUCGAAUCGGUGUUAACGAGCGUCAGUACAUCCCAAACUGGAUUCCUGGCAAGAAAGACGUGAACGCAAUCGUAAGACUGAUCAAGCCGACCUUAAGCUUGCAAACGAUCGUGAACCACUUUCCAAAGUUGCACAUGGACCUACAGAAAUUCGCGGUAGCCUUCGAGCAAUUGGUGGAAGACGAGACGGAUCCGAAAAUUUACAAAGCUCUUCACGCAACGCAGAUCGCUAUAAAGAGUAUGCUGUGCGAAGUAGAAAUCACUAUCAUAGAUCUGCCGUAUCUUCAGAUUCCAUCGCGAGUGGAAAGGACUAUCAUGAGCAGCACGGAAAGAGAGCCCGUGGACGAAACUAGAAGGCUCGUUCGUGACUGGGGUAUACUUCUCAAAUACAAAGAUUAUCUUCAUGCCUGGAAGCACAUUUUUGAUCGUUGAACUAGCGCCGGAAGAAACGUUCGAUAAUAUUAUACGGUAUAUUCGAAUCCUAUCGCAAAAAUGUCAAUGUUGUUACAUUUGUGAUAAUACAAUGAUAUAGAGGAGAACAAUACGACGAUUGCAACAAAAUUGAUCGAAAAUGUAUACACUUCUCGAGAGUGCGAUCAAUGAAGAGAAAUCAAAUCGUGUCACAAUAUAUGCAUGGCUGACACACCAAUGGAUACAAUUGUGAUAACAGAAAUUGGAGAUCGUUGCGAUCGUUGCGAAACUCAAAUGACAUUAUUUAAUUUAUUUAUUCGUGAAUUUAUUUAUUACGAUCAUUGUGCAUUAGCGUUAGUAUUUAUUAUUUAUUGAUGGAAUUAUUUAUUUGUAAUAUUUAUUGAUAUCAAUUGUACCUUCCAAGCUACCUGUUUAAAGACGAUUUGACAACUUGUGAUAAUUAUUUAUUUAAGGAAAUCAUGUUAUAUCUUCUUGACAAAUGACUAUUGUCGAUAUAUGAGAUUAUUAGACAUCAGUGAAAGACAAUAAUUGAUUUUUAUAUUGUUCAAUAUUAUCGAAUAAAUAUCG